AUGUCACUAACAAUUCUCAUUCUCCUGACCCAGUUACGUCCCACCUUCCAGAACCCUAACCCCCAUGAACCCAAAGUGCUGACAUGGCAAGUUUUUUCUCAGACAGGAGAAGCAGUGUGGUCUGUUUCUAAGACUGCCCCCCCCAAGACCUGGUGGCCGUCCCUGCACCCUGAUGUUUGCGCCCUAGUUGCUGGAUUAGAGACCUGGGACAUACCUAAUAUACCUUGGAGACAGGCCCACAUAAUUCGACCACCCGACCACGAUUAUUCUGCAGCCCAGAGCCAAGUUUCCUAUGGUGACAGCGGGUGUAGUUAUCCUAGAGCACGCCACAGAUUAAAAACCACUUCCUUCUAUGUCUGCCCCCGUGACGGACGAACCCAUCAGCAAGCCCGGCAGUGUGGGGGCUUAGAAUCCUUUUACUGUAGCUCUUGGGGCUGUGAAACUACGGGUAAUGUUUAUUGGAACCCCGUGUCCAGUUGGGACCUCCUUACCGUAGUCCGGAACCGCACAUCCCCCAACUUAUCCUCAUCUCUCGUAUCUACAGGUGUUGUUUCCUCUUCUUCUCUGACCAUGUCUGAAAAUUUCCAAAAUCCAUCUUUACUUGGAACUUCACAUUCUCUGCAGCUCCCUGCUCCUGUGGUGAGCCAUGCAGCUUCUUCCUUAACAGGAAGAGUCUGCGAUUUCUCCAGAGUCUCUGCUCCCACUGCCAGUUCGACAUGGCUGCCGCCAUCAGCCUCUGGCACCUCUUUCCAGCCACUCAUGGGUACUGCCAACCUUUACCAACAUCCCAGCACAACUAUGUUGUCUGCAGUUACCAGCCAGCGCCAGAUCUCCACUUCAGUCGGAGACUUCACUAUGACUGUCACUAACCAGAACAGAGCCAUGAGUAUGGCAACUCAGUAUGCUCAGACUUCGUAUGCCAACUACAUGGUCCCUGUGUAUCCAUCACUUCCUGGCAGGCUUGUUCAGUGAACACCAUCCCAGAUGCUAAAUCAGGGACAUAGUCUGUCACAUCCUUACCAGCAAGGGAGCCAGAUACAUUAUUACAAUCAAGGCACAAUGGGAACUCUGUGAUCUGGAGAACUUGUCCCCUGCUGGCAAUCCUAUGGCUCUGUGACAAAUACAGGAAGUAGGGCCUCUGCCCUUCGACCAGAAAUGACGGUACUGCAGGAGAUUCAGCCCGCAGGUAUCCAACCACCAGUCUCCACAUCUGGAAUCUACUACUACGUGUCUACUCAAACCAUCACAGAAACACGUUUUCAAGGGAUGCAGACUUCCUGGGGUUUGCAGCCUCCAAGCCAGACAUUUUGUCUGCCUCAACCUCCAAAUAGCCAGACACUUGAGAGUAACCCACCACCUGAGGUUGGGGGCAUUUCAGUGAGAGCUUCAGUACACAGUUCUGGUAAUCCCUUGGCACUUCCUCCAGCUAAAAAUCAGGAACUAACAGAGAACAACAAUUUGGAAUAUAGUAAAAACAAGCUUUCCAAGCCUCUGGAUGCCUCCCAGAUCCCAGCAGAAAACCAAGAUGAUCAGCCUUGUUCUGAAAACACUGAUCUGGGGAAGAACAGCCUGAGCCUUGAGGACAAAGGCACACUUGUAAAUGAGAACGAAUCGAACAGCAGUUUUGCAAACAUUGCUGACCAGGCAGGAGACAGUCACCUUCCUCAGUUCUUCAGUUCCUUGAAAAACUUUAUUCAGUCCAAAGGUCCCAAGGUGAGCAAAACCCAAGAUACCAGAGCCACCGAAUUAAACCAGGUGCAGAAAAGGUCAUGUGCAAAAAAGAGGUCUUCUGGUCAGGCAAGGAAGAACAGUCAUGAAGCCUCUGAGCCUCUCAGUGGAGGUCCCGAGGCACUGGAGGGAGACAUGAGUAUCUGCAAUGUUGCAGAUGGUGAUGAGGCUCCUGUGAAGAAUUCCAAGCACUCUAGACGCAAAUCUCCAAUAACUGCACCAAGGAGGACCAGAAAAACUAGGAGCUGUGCACAGGAGAAGACCACAAGAACCAGAAAAAGGAACUCCAAGAAAGCUGAAGAGGGUGAGCAGUCUGGAAACAAAGUCAAAGCGCAAAAAAAGCCAACCAUUCCCAGGAUGAAGCGGAAGAAAGAUGAACCUGAGCUCAGCCAAGAGAACUUUGAAACACCUCUAAGCAGGCUAGGCAUGCACAUGCUGGAGUCUGUGCAGGAUUUUCAUGCACUGGGGAAGAGGAUUGAUAAGAAACCUCGAUUCUCUUCUUCCCAGGACUUGGGAAAUUCAAGGAACCCCAAAGACCCCCAGCCACCCCCAGCCACCAAACCACGGCUGAGAACUCUAUGUGAGGGGAAAAGGCCUCAGAAAACUCAUGCCAACGCCCAGAAGCCAGAUGGCAGUGUCAAAAAAGAGUUUCCAUCUCCAUCUCAGAAUGAACUGCCACCUCCUGGGAAGCUCAAAUUUGUGCUUUUGACUUUUCUGACGGAGGAAAGGUCUCCAGUUUGCCAAGUUCCUCGUAGGCGACGGUCUCCGGGCUCAGAACAGCCAGCUUUGGUGUCCUCUACCGAGCCUGGCUCUACAAAUGCAGCUCAGUCUACUGCAGUCGAUUCAUCCCAGCAAGCUCCUGCAUCUUUAACAGAUCCUGCCUGCUCAUCUCUGGGUCCAGUCUCGACCAACUCAACCCAACCAGACCUGACCAAGUCUACCCAGCCUAAUGUCACCCAGUCUGCUGCUUCUAGACCUGUACCCUACAGAACAUCACCUUCCAAUUCUCCCCAGCAGGAGCCCAUUCCCACUGCUGUGCCCCAGAACCAGCCUCCACCCAAGCCUAAAAGCCCAUAUAUAAACCAAGAGGUCUACUUCUUCAUACCACGUCCAUGGAGGAUAUCUGACAUCCUUGGGCCAGAAGUGUCAGAGCCCGUCACAGAAGAGCAGAGGCCAGAGCGGGAAGCUAUGAAGAGGCAGGCUCAACAAGAGCGUGAGAAUGCUGCCAAAUACACCUCCUUGGGGAAAAUACAGUUUUUCAUUGAAAGGGAGAAGGAAAUGGAAAUUGCUGACUCCUAUGGCUAUAUAAUAAUGUAAGAGAUGAUAGGAUUGUUGGUGCCACUUUAGUUACCAGAUGCAGAAAGACAGA